AUGCCCAAGCAUCAUACGUUUGCCACAAAGCUUGAAGAUCUAGUGCUCACCAGUAUGUCUUUCCGUAUGUCGAAACAUCAGGCGCAUCCCAUUGAGCCUGAGGAUGUGAUAAGAGAAGAGAGUGAAGACUUUUACAGCGAUGAAGAAGAGUACAAGGAAACGUGGUCGCGAUGGGCCUUACAGCUACUGAGCUCAUCCCCAUAUGACUUGUACCUGAUUGUGAAUGAAAACUUUGAAAGCAUUAAUUGGGACCUUAAGGCGAAGACGUUGGCGAGGCCGUUGGGGGGCACCAUGACGUUCCUGUUUUUUACCGUGAGGCUAUUGCAGGAUAACGUGAUUAAACCGAACUACCAUAAGAUCAACAGAACAACGGACGGAUUCGACUUUUCGCGUUCCGCGACGUUACGGGAGUACGAUUACUUUUCAAAAUACCAGCAUGGGGCCAGCUGGAGCUCGGCCAACUGGCGAGUCAACUCCUUAAGCAUUCUGGACACGCUACUAAAGUGUCUCUAUAUUUUGCUGCUGGUCUCCAACUCGGUGCUUACGUACAAGUUUUUGUUUGGGUAUUUCCUAAAGUACUCAUUGUUCCACAGUGCACAACCACCUGCAUCAAACAACCUGACCAAGAAGUCGCUUCACGACUUGGCUUACCGUUCCGCAACUGAUGUUUCCAGGGGCUCGCUCUGGACCCUGAUUCGGUACACCUUUUUCCAGCGUGGACGCGUUCAGGAGGAGAAACCCACGGAUGAAUUCUACUAUGAGAUCAAGAAAUGGUGCCCAAGCUCCUUCCUGACAGCAUUAUUUGCAUCCUUCCCUCCGAUUUCUGUAUGGUUCAUGGCUUUCUCUGACAUAACUUUUGUGUCCCUGUUGCCUGUGAUCCUUACCCAAUAUCUAUUUUGGUAUGUCAUUUUUGACUGUUACGAGGACAGAAUAAAAGAUGAACUGGCCAUAUUUAAAGGCAUGGCUGCCGAGUAUAAUAACAAAGUGAUGAAGCCGAAGCUUUCCGCUCAGACUCAGGACGCGAUGGUGGAUGCGACAAUGUACGGACAGGAAUUCGUACAAUUUUACCCUUCUUAUAGCACAGCCCGUUCUGGAGUCUUUAUCACGCAUUCAUUAUGUGGCGAUGUCAUCAAAGAGAAAUAUAAUCAGAGGACAAAGGCCUUUGAGGACAUACCAACCGGUUCACACUCGCAGAAUAUCAUCAGAUAUUCUAGAAAUGAACGGCUAUACCACAGUGUGUUCCCACAGAAUCCUCUCAAGAAGAUUAACGGUGCAGCUAUGAGUGUUAAUCCCAUGAGCUUCAAUAGGUCGCCAACUUAUGGCGGUCGUUAUGGUACUCCGCCAUCAAGAUCUCAUGGGAGUGGCCAAACAUAUUCUUCAACAUCGGCUCCUACGUCUCCCAUGCUGAAGAAUAGACGUGCUAUUCCAACAGACCAUUCCACGGGUGGAAACAUAUCCGGAGGAAAUUACGUGGAGUAUACUAGCAAUGAUGUACACGGCGAACCUCCUAGACGGCAUUCUACAAGCCCUUUGAAGCGAGACAUAACUUCCUCAGCAGGUCGGGAGGAUAAUCAUCUCGCUUUCGGCGUCAAUUCGCCCAACAUUCGGUCAAGAACCGUAGACGUGAAAAAGAACUUGCAUACGCAUACCACAGUAGUUUGCCCCAAGUCGGAUUUAGACACUAGUCAGUUAUCUUCGAAACAAAGUAGCAUAAGCCCAUUCAAGCUAAGCAGGCGGGGCUCCAUUGAAAGUAGACCUCCAUUUAGGUAA